AUGGACGGAGCAGCAGGGCCGUCGGACCUUUCACACUCCAUGUAUGCCGGCAAUGGCGCAGCAGCUGAGGGACGACAAUCAGAGGAAGCCGCGUCAACGCAGGAGCGCCAACGCUUCUUCCCUCCUCCAUUCCGCAUUGACAUUGACCUCGCCGACGACGACAGCGAUGAUGAUGGAGCGUCUCCUGGCCCAUCAGUGGUCAAGCAAGAGCCAGUCGAUGAAGAAUUUGUCCUCUCUCAUGUCACUUCACAUGCGCCCCCUCUUCGCACCUCUUCCUCGACAUCAAAACCUCCCGCAAAGAAGAAGAAGAAAAAGCAGCGUCGUCUGAUGUUCAGCUCAGAGCUACCCGCCCCUUCAGAAAUGAACGAAGACGGCACCCCCUCGGUCUCGUAUCUGCGCUACCAGUCCACUCUCCGCCUUAAGCGCAAGUGGGACAGCAUAUACGCCAAGUUCCAGUCGGCUCACUUGGAGCCACAAGACGAGCUCUGGCUGGGCAAGCGAAUGCGCAUCCUCAAGGACCACGGUACGGUGCGCGCCCUCAAGGAAGACGAGUGUGCCUUUGGAUCCUUCCACAUCAAAGAGGAGGACCUAGAUGAAGUAGAGCGAGAAUGCCGUCGAGCCCAAGGAGAAGACGUAGAUGCCUCUUCCUCAGCCGCCCAAAAAGAGCCCGCCGAGGUCAUAGAGAUUGGCAGCGACGACGAUGACGACGACGAAGCAGAGGACGAGCUUGGCGCAUGGGACCCGGACUUCGUUCGAAGCCAGUACAAGGAGUUCCAGCCCAAGAAGGAGGAAGACGAUGAAGGGCAAAAUCCCCUUGCUGGGGCGGACAGUGAAGAUGAGGAGGAUUCGAGUAGACCGAUGGAUCCGGAUUUGCUGGCGUUCUUGGAAGCGGAGAAGAGACGCAGGGAGGUCGUGGGCGAGGAGGAAGAAGAGGAGGACGAGGAUAUGGACGUGGUGGACUUAAGAGCACCGCGCUACGAUCGUCCACGCUACGAUGAUGACAGCUCGAGCGACGGUGACGGUUCAGAGUACUCAGAUGAUAGUGACGAGGAGGACGAUGAGGACGAGUACGACACCAAUGCCUCGUCACGCGACCCAACUCCACUGGACAAGCAGCAGCAACGUCGACGCCCCGCAGCAACGAGCGUCAACGGCGCGAGUAGAACAGGCAGCAAUGGUCCAGCAACGCCGACGCGCAAGCUCGCACGGGCCGAUCCUUACCAUUCAUCUGGUGACGAGAUGGACGUCCUCCACGGCGUCAAGCCAGGCAGCACGCAAGAGUUGGACAGCUUCCGGCGGGAUAUGGAGGCGAAGAAGGCCAACAUUGAGCGCCUGCUGCAGGUUCGCGAGAGCAGCAAGGAAGACGGCAGUGCUCCGCAGAAGGGCAUCAUGGUGCACGACACGAGCUUGAGCGGCAACGAGAACCGUAGCGCCAGCAUCUAUCUCGACGCAUCGGAAAGCAACGCUGCGGAGCCCCUGUGUGGCCUUGGCAAUUCGCUGCCCUACUCGAAUGUCCCUGGAUUGGCACAGCUACUUGGCUUGCCCGAUCCCGUGGAGACGGCCGACGACGAUCAGCGAGAGGAAAUGGCUGUUCAGGCUGCGGUGAUGGACGAAGAAGGUCUGGACACGCCGAGCAAGAGAAGGAACAAACAGGGCACUGCUUCGGAGAGGCCUCCACGUCACUCGACUCCACCGCCACCUGGUCUCCAGCAGACGUACCCGCCUGCGGCGAUUCACCAAGCUGACCACUACCGGCAGCUGCCUUGGCAGGCAUCGAUGUCCCGUCAAGAGCUUGAACCCCCCUCGUCUGCAAUGGGUUUCUCUGCUACCUAUCCGUUGCAACAUCAAGCGCAUCAGCAAGAACCACAGCCGCCCGCAAACGGCUACCAUGACCACUUCGCCCCUCCCCCACCGCCCCCAGCUCCCGUCUUUUCCGCCGGGACAGACUCGUCAUCUCAGCACAAUUUAUACCAAGGCACCCCGUCCUCACCAAUUGCACCGAUGGCAGCCAUGGGCAAGAGCGCAUCGCCUGAAGUCGGCCACGGAGCGAAGAUGCAGCACCAGCAGCCGGGAGCAUCGAUUGCUGGGAGGGCGAUGAUUGUCAAUGGACAGUUGAGCUGGGGCCAAGAGCUCGAACCGCCGCCGCCCCCGCCGCCCCCGCCGAGGUGGUAG